AAGAAUAGCGUUAGUAAACAGAAACAACACCCUUUUGUCGUCGGACUUCCCUAAAUCUGCUCAGGUCAGAAAGUUCUAAACAGAAGAACUCAGGCCACCGUCGUCGUUAUUGAAUUCCCGAUUAGAUCUUUAUUCUAAGGUAACCCUCCGUCGACUCGACAUUGUUCGGGCUCCUCCUGCUUGGGUGGGUGGGGGCAUCAAUUGAUGGGUCGCUCUCGUCGUAACUUCCACAAUUUCGAAGACCCUACCCUUAGAACGAGGAAAAAGAAAAACGCAGCUAAUGUGGACAACUUUGAGUCUUCGUCUAUCGUUCAAGGUACGGAGGGAGGAGGGAAGUACAACUGCGAUUAUUGCCAGAAAGACAUUACUGGCAAGAUCAGGAUCAAAUGUGCUGUCUGUCCUGAUUUCGAUCUCUGUGUUGAAUGUAUGUCUGUUGGUGCUGAGAUCACUCCUCACAAACGUGAUCACGCCUACCGCGUUAUGGGAAAUCUAACUUUCCCACUUAUUUGUCCGGACUGGAGUGCGGAUGAUGAAAUGCUUCUCUUGGAGGGACUUGAGAUUUAUGGGAUGGGAAACUGGGCUGAGGUCGCGGAGCAUGUGGGAACGAAGAGAAAACAACAGUGUCUCGACCACUACAGAAACAUUUACUUGAACUCCCCCUUUUUCCCACUUCCUGAUAUGUCACAUGUAGCAGGGAAGAGCAAAAAAGAACUUCAAGCCAUGGCUUCUUCUUUCACAGUAGCGCAGCACAUGAAAGAAGAUUACCCGUUUUCUCCUCCUAAAGUCAAAGUUGAAGACACACAAAAAGAAUCUCAUACAGACAGGAGCUUUGGAGGAAAGAAACCUGUCACCCCGGGAAACAACUCUUUGGUUGAACUGAGUAGUUACAACCACAAAAGAGAAGAGUUCGACCCUGAAUAUGACAAUGAUGCUGAGCAGCUCUUGGCUGAGAUGGAGUUCAAACAGAACGAUACUCCCGAAGAGAAAAAGCUGAAGCUGCGUGUCUUGCGUAUCUUUUCGAAAAGGCUUGAUGAGAGGAAACGUAGAAAGGAGUUCAUACUAGAAAGAAACCUGUUGUACCCAAAUCCCUUUGAGAAGGAGCUGUCUCAGGAGGAAAAAGAGCAGUGUCGGCGUUUAGACGUUUUCAUGCGCUUUCAUUCAAAAGAAGAGCAUCAAGAGCUACUUAAUAGUGUUGUGAGCGAGUACCGCAUGGUGAAACGGCUCAAAGAUCUCAAGGAAGCUCAAAUGGCAGGGUGUCGUUCAACGGCUGAAGCAGAGAGGUAUCUAGGGAGGAAGAGGAAGAGAGAGAGCGAAGAAGGGGUGAACAGAGGGAAAGAGAGCAGUCCUGUGCAAGCAUCUUCAAGCUAUGUGAAUGACUUGGGCAUGAUUGGGUUCAAAGAGUCGCAACUGCUGUCUGAAUCCGAGAAGCGUCUUUGCAGCGAGACCAAGUUGGUUCCACCGGUUUAUCUACAGAUGCAGCAAGUGAUGUCACAUGAGAUAUUCAAAGGGAAUGUUACAAAGAAGUCAGAUGCUUAUAGCCUUUUCAAGAUUGAUCCGACCAAAGUAGACAGAGUUUAUGAUAUGCUUGUGAAGAAGGGUAUUGCUCAGCUUUAAGGGACUUGUGUUGUAUCUAUCAUGCAUAGAUAAGGUGCAGGAGAGCCACACAAUCUAAAAGUAUAUAAAGAUAGAAUCAGACUAACUACAAGGAAGAAGUGAGAUGACUAUGAUGAUGAUGUCUCUCCCCAAAAUGAAAGUAUCUUCUCUGCAACCUCACCUCCAUUUGAGCAGUAGCAGAUUAUUACCAGCAGCUAAGGUGUCUCCGAGCUCAAGCAUAAGCACCAGGCCAUCGUGCCGCGUUCAGUGCAAAAGAUUAACGGUGGAAAAUAACAGAACCAAGCUUGAAAGGACACAAACUUUGGGUCUGGAGAAGAAGCAACUGAGACAAGCUUUGGUGACCGGUGUCUCGGUAGGGCUGAUGAUGGCUUUGGUGAUGGGAAUGGACGGAGAAAAGGCGAUGGCUUUGGGACCAGAAGGUCCUUUGAUGGAAGAGUUUUGGGACAACGUGAGAAGGUACGGUCUUUACGCUCUCACCGUCAGCACCGGAGCUCUCUCAGCUGUCUUUGAGCCCAUUUUCGAGCUACUCAAGAACCCAAUCUCCGCCGUUCUCAUUGUGAUCAUCUUAGGUGGAAGCUUCUAUAUCGUCUCGCAAGUGGUCUCGGCUAUGGUUGGUGUCAACGAGUUCGCUUAUGAUUAUGGAUACUAGAGACUAGAGAGAGUCUGUUUGUUCUGUUUCAUUAAUAAUACUCUGUUAUGGUCAUUGAUACUCUGUUUCUGCAUAGUCUUAUAAUCAAUCAACAUUUUAUUUGACAUAAA